AUGGACCAAGGGGAGUCCUUGAUGCCAGGUGCGUUUCCCGAGCCUGCGCCAGAGGAAGUCCCUGCAUCAACCAGAGUCCCCAAAAAACGCUUCGUUGGGAGGAGGACUGCGGAGGCGCAGGCCAAGCAAAGGCAACAAGAUGGGAUUUCAUCCGUGGAAGAGACGACGGCGAUUGUCCAGAACACACAACGAAAGACCCCUCGAGCCUUGAAUCAGAUCCCUCGUGACAUCCUUGACGACCCCGACAUUCAAGCCGCCAUCUCCCUGCUACCCCAGAACUACAGUUUCGAGAUUCCUAAGACGAUACACCGGAUACGGACUCUUGACGCUAAAAGGGUGGCUUUACAGUUCCCCGAAGGCCUUCUCAUGUUCGCUACAACUAUUUCCGAUAUAUUGACGCAGUUCUGCCCUGGAAGCGAGACGCUGAUCAUGGGAGAUGUCACAUAUGGCGCAUGCUGUAUAGAUGACUACACCGCAAGGGCACUUGGUUGUGACUUACUGGUACACUAUGCACACAGUUGUUUAAUUCCAGUGUCGGCCACCAAGAUCGCUACGCUAUACAUAUUCGUCGAUAUCUCUCUCGAUACAAAGCAUCUGGUGAGCACUCUGUCAAGAAACAUCCCGCCGGGAAAGACUAUUGCCAUGGUGGGUACUAUCCAAUUCAAUUCCACUCUCCAUACUAUCAGACCGGCUCUUGAAGCCGAAGGUUUGAAAUUGGUGGUUCCUCAAAUCAUGCCGUUGAGCAAAGGUGAGGUCCUAGGGUGUACAGCUCCAAAGAUCACUCCUGAUGCCAAUGUUGAUCUCAUCUUAUACCUUGGAGAUGGCCGGUUUCAUCUUGAAGCGGCCAUGAUAGCAAAUCCUGACAUGCCAGCCUACCGAUAUGAUCCAUACUCGAGAAAGUUAACAAGAGAGACUUAUUCUCACGAGGAAAUGCUAGAUAUGCGGUCCACGGCAAUCAACACGUCAAAGAAAGCCAAGAAAUGGGGAUUGAUCCUUGGUGCUCUAGGACGGCAGGGGAAUCCACAUAUCUUGACCAUGAUCGAGAAUUACCUGAAUCAACAAGGUAUCCCAUUUGUCAAUUUACUACUUAGCGAGAUCUUUCCCGGAAAGCUGGCCUUGUUCGAAGAUGUCGACUGUUGGGUCCAAGUGGCAUGUCCGCGCCUGAGUAUUGAUUGGGGUUAUGCUUUUCCUCGCCCCCUGUUGACACCAUAUGAGGCACUAGUGGUUCUCGGUGCAAAACAGGGAUGGGAGAAGGAUGAUGGCGUCUAUCCUGUUGAUUACUAUGCCAAUAAUGGCCUUGGAAGAACAACUGAAAAACUUGCUGCACAAGUUGGCGUUGCGGGUUGA